GCCAAGUAUCAGAAGUUGACCAUGAUGAGUACGAGUACUAGUACUCAGUGUUGCUGCAAGUUCACCCAUCCCCAUUAACUCAGGUGAAACACUCAUGAAACAUUCGUGAAACACUAGUUCACCAAAAUUGCACAUGCCAUGUGACACGCUAGUAGACUUCGCGCUAUUUUAGCAAACCUCACGUGCCGUGGCCAAGGUAUGACAUGUACGUUGAUCGGACGAUAAUCCUUUCGAGACCAGCACUUGCAUAAACGCUACAAGCCAUUGCAUACCUUAUACGAUUCUGUUCGGGGUUUGCAAGCCAUACAGGGCAGUAACCAGUCAUACACUGGUAUGCCAGCGUCUAUUUCGUCGAUCAUUAUGGUACUGACGGUUGGACUCGGAGGUCAGGUGGUGAUUGCGCAGCGCGUAGACUACCUCACAUGGUAUAUAAAGGUCGCCUUCAAAUUCCACACUUCAAAGCACCCUGCCCUCCCACUCAAAGUUGGUACACACAUACUACAAUUCUAUCACCCUGAUUUAGAUUAUAUCAUGCCUGGAAGUACUCUUCCUCCUUUCCCCAACGACGUUCGAACACAUCCACUCUUGAUUAUUGAUUACCAGCUCAUAAAGGCUGGAGAUACGGAAGAAGUAAAUCGACUGUGGGAGGCAGCGACAACUAUCGGAUUCUGGUAUCUAAAGAAUCACGACGCAGACCAAGAAGUCAACGACAUGUUUGAUAUGGGAACUGAGACAAUGGCCUUGCCCUUCGAAGAGCUUAUGAAGUUUGAGCAAGGAGACAGCGGACGAUCUUUCGGAUACAAGAAAGCAGGGGCCAAUGCGGUUGAUGCAGCUGGCAAUUUGGACUCUGUCGAGUUCAUAAACGUUUCUAAAGAUGAUGCUCUGGCAUAUCCGCAGGUCGUUCACCGCACCUACCCAUCGACCGUAAAUGCUCGCAUGGAAAACACGAUUGCGCCAUUUGUCCGCAAAGGUCUCGAGGUGACAUAUGUUGUCUUUGAUAUAUUCGAUGACAAGCUUGGACUGCCGAAAGGCACUUUGGAGAAACUACAUGAAAUGGAGGAGCACAGUGGUAGCGAGACUAGAUGCAUUCGUAAACCUCCUACGCAGAUCAAAGAGGGGCCAAAAAUCGCUGCUGUAGGUGCCCACACUGAUUUCGGCAGCCUGAGCUUCUUGCACAAUCGUAUCGGUGGACUCCAAGUACUACCCCCGGGUCAUGACGAGUGGUCCUACAUUCGACCCAUCCCCGGACAUGCAAUUUGCAAUAUUGGAGACGCGUUGUCUCUUUUUAGCGGAGGCGUUCUGCAAUCCAACAUUCACCGUGUUGUCACACCUCCUGGUGUACAGGCUGAAUACGAACGGUGGUCCUUGGUUUUCUUUACCCGUCCAGGAAACUCGCAAGUCCUGCGCGCUCUUGUCGAAUCCAGUCCUAUUAUUGCAGAAGCGGUGAAGAAGCAACCUAACAGAAACUUUGAGACUGGUUCUACUGCUGUGGACUGGUUCGCAAGAAGAAUCAAGAAUCAGAGAAUUAACAACAGAACGGGACCAGAAACGUGGGCUGCAAGCCGAGGGACAGAGCAUACUCCGACGGUGGUCUAAGCUACGGAUGGCCCUGUUCGCGGGGGACUUGCUCUCGCCUAAACUAUGUAGAUAGAAAUUUAUGCUUGCCUAUUUGUCAAUGGAAAAUGCGUGCUUCAUCAGCAUGGUGUCGGCCAAAGGCCGACACUGAUUUGUACAAA